GGGUUUCCCCGGUUUGAAGGGUAUAUUUUAAUUUUGGUGGCAAGCUCUUCAACAAUGUUUCAGUUAAAAUUUUUGCCCGAGAAAUUGUGACCAACUAUCAUCUUCAAAUCUCAUCGUAUUCGUCUGCAUGUUUAGUUUGUUGUACUUCGCGUGGACUAUUUGUCGAAAACUUAAACUCGCUUCUACAGCUCGACAAUGUCCUUGUAUUCGUAUUUGUAUACAAAAUAAGUUCGAUAAACGAACAAAGACGAAGCGUGUCGAUUAGUAAUAAUAAAAACCAAAGGAAGGACAAGGCACAUGGUAGUUACGAGUUAUUCCGCAACGAAGCAAGAAGACUUCGUUUAUCCCGAAAUCGAAUUCUGAGUCAGAAAAAUGAAAACUUUGUACGUAAUUUGCUUGGCGGUUCUUUUUCACUCGAUCUCGUCGGAAAUCAUCGAUAAUGAAAAUGAUAAAAUUCACUUAGAUGGUAUGCUACAGGUACAAAAGCAAUACACAGAUAGGUUAAAGACGUUGGAAGAAAGAGUUUUAUCGCUUACUAAAAACCCUGAAUUUUGCAAUAUGAUGCGUACGUGGUAUAAAAUGUUAGCCCAGAAAAUCUCGAAUAGUGACGACAAGGGUGAGAAAUAUCGAUUCAUAAAAGCUCGGAAAGGAGUAAAUUACACAAAACAAUCAAAGAACAAUCAGAGAACAAUCAGAGAAGCAGAGAAUGAAAGGCAAUUUCGUGAUCCGUUUGAGGCUUUGACUGGCGAAUAUAUUCCUAAACUACUUCGUGAAAUAAGUAAACUUACCAUUGAAUUAAUUAGCAAAUUUACCAAAGAAUUAAUUCAGGGUUCAGUAAACGAUAAUAACCCCAACUCAAAUGUCCAACUUAAAUGCCCAACUCAAAAUUUAAAUGAGAGUACUUGUGAUGUGUUAUGGAAUAUGGAAAAAAUUCAGCCUCCUUUAGAACUCAUUGACUCGUUGCCGUCGUGCCUUUGUACAUAUCCCGGUGGAGAUAUCAUUAAAGUCAAUGAUCAGAAAAAUGCAAAAGAGUAUUGGUGGCAAAAAGUUUCCAAUACUCAGGACAAAUGCGGUCCUACCCACUGCUUGAAAAUUGAAGUUGAAAAUAAUGAAAACAUAGUUUCGAAAUAUUGCUGCUAUGAUGAAAAUUAUUCUCUGAUAACUCGAGGCCCUAAUGCCGGCAAUAUUCACUAUUUGAACACUAGUAACCUUAAGAAUUUAAUACAUAAGGCGUUCAAGUCUUACCCUGCAGUAAAAUGUAAUAUUAUGAGAUUAAUUAAAAGCAUACCAGUGAGUAAUGACAACGGAUGUAAAGAAAAUCCGUACAUGCAAAUGGAACAUCGAACAAGUAUAUAAUCCAAAUAAGGAAUACAAUCAAAGUAAGGAAUACGAUACAAAUACAAACGAAACUAUGAAGGAGAAGAUAUAACAAAGAAAUGUUAAAGUGCAAUCUUAUCAUAACUUUUUCUUUUUCUUGAUGUUUCAAUUAUUGAUUACACAUAUAUAUGUUUAACAUGCAUAUUCAAUUUACUUAAUGGACGAAAAUAUAUGAACUUGAUUUUAUGCAACA